AUAAAUCCCUUGUACUUCUACAUUGGUUUCCUCCGUCUUCUCUCUAGUUCACACUCGCCAGACUUGACAUAUAUAUAUAAUAUAUAAAUUAUAGGUGUGUGUAUAUAUUGAGGAAUAUAUAUCAUGAUAUUGUCCAUUUAAACAUAAUAUUUUCCGAGGUAAUAUUAACGAUAUUGCUAUAAUAUCAUUUGAAAAUGAAGUCAUAAAUUUCAAAGAACUGUACAUAAUUUCCAAGCUUCCCAGGAUAUUUCCAUUCUAAUAAUUGUUGAUUCCGACCACCCGACGGACUGCUGCCAAAAGGAACAUAAUUCUAAAGGAUGACCAUGAUGACCAUCAUAUUUCGGUGUCAAACACGUUCAAUCGGAAUAAAACGACCGUUCGAAGAACUAGAAGUCCAGAACGCCUACCUUCCUCUCCAGAGUUUGCUGUUGAUUGGUCGAGACAUAACGUCACGGUAGCAGCGGAGAACAGGACACCAGUGCUCUACGCGUACUACUGCUACUACUUUUACUACUACUACUACUACUACUACUACUACUACUACUACUACUACUACUACUGCUGCUGCUGCUGCAACUACUACUACUACUAGGAAGUAUGAGAUAAUUACUAACGUUAUUACAAAACCUUACCCCAUUUCUAAUGAACGGGACCGAUGUUGUUACUGUAUUGGCUGAUAUCACUCAUACCACCAAAAUCAUAAGCACCCUCUGACUACCACUACUAAUACCACUUCUACCACUACUCGUACUACUGCUUGUACUUCAUUCUACUGUUGCUAUUAUUAGUUCUAAAGAAACACCGAAUGUUUGGUCAAAUUUCAACAAGGAUUUUACUGAGGUUUUCUGGAAAUAAAACAAGAAGAAUUGCCAGUAAACUAUAUUUGGGAAAAUAAGAUUUUUACAAUGGAACCAAAUACGGUUGAUGGUGUGAUAGCAUCCACUGUGGCCGCUGAUGGCACCCACAUAGGAGGGAUAAUGGUAUGAAAAUAGCUGGCUGUGGUCGUAGCGUGAGCUGAAGGACUGGUUUAAGAAAUUGCAAUAACUUGAAUGCAACUGCUUAUUGUAUGAGAAUAUAUCUUAUAGACGUACCUUCACUUUUAUUGUAGACGAUCGUGAUGAUGAUGAUGAUGAUGAUGAUGGGGAUUAAAAUUAUAAUAAAGAAACAGAUGAUAAUGAUGAUGAUAAUGAUGCCUUCGUCGUGUUGGUUUUAUCUCAAUCGGCCGUUAGAGUAACUUCGUACGCAACCACGAAAACAAACGUUAGUAGUAAUUAAUACACUGGAAUUAUUAUUAUUAUCAUUAUUUUUAUUAUUAUUAUUAUCAUUAUUAUUUAUCAUUAUUAUUAUAAUACUACUAUUAGCAUUAGUAUUAUUAUUAUUGUUGCUGUUAUUAUUGUUGUUGUUAUCAAUAUUAUUAAGAAAUUAUAUAGAAGCAAAUAAUGAUAAUAAUAAUGAUAAGAAAUUCAUUGAUAAAAUAAUAUGAAAGAAGAAAGAGAGUGGGGAAUAUAGUCCUAGGUGGAUCACAAAGCCAUAUUUUGGGGGUGUUUUUGCUAUUUUUUAUCAUUUUCGUAUUGUGUUUUUAACGAAUCGAGACGAGAAACAAAAGGGGAAACAAAGACGUGAUAGAGACGGAUCGAACGAAGUUUGGUGUCAGCAAAGUAAAGGUAAAUCUACUGUCAAAGAAGACAUGUACUGCACCGAUUACAAUAUUCCAUCGAAAAGAAUUGGCGAGGAUAAUUCCCUUAAUCUUGAACAACGAGAGGCAACAGAAGAGUCUUUGGAUAUACCAAUAUGUAAAUACCAGCCCAUCAAAAAUAAUCUGGCAACGGGAUAUUCCGACGAUGAUGUUAGCACAGACGAUGACGACGACGACGACGACGACGACGACGACGAUGGCGAUGAUGAUGAAGAUGAUGAUGGUGACAAACCAGAGAUACCUAAAUCUCGAACCAGGGUUACUAAUAAUUCCAACAAAAACACUAACAAUAAUAAUAACAAUAAUAAUAAUAAUAAUAACUCACAAGCUCCAAAGAAAACCGUUGCUCAAAUCAUGAGAGACAAAAAGAAACAAACAGCUUUGACGUUACAAUGGCUGGAAGAUAACUACUGCAUUUGUGAUGGUGUUUGCCUUCCACGGUGCAUUCUUUAUGCUCAUUAUUUAGAUUUUUGUCGUCAAGAAAUCCUAGAACCUGCCUGCGCUGCCACGUUCGGAAAAACGAUUCGCCAAAAGUUUCCACAUCUCACUACCAGACGUCUGGGCACACGUGGACAUUCCAAAUAUCAUUAUUAUGGAAUUGGUAUCCGAGAAACUAGUCAAUACUAUCAUUCUGUUUACUCAGGCAAAGGUCUCACUCGGUUUUCUGGUUGCAAGUUAAAGAAUGAAGGAGGUUUUACCAGAAAGUACUCUCUAAGCUCCAAGACAGGGACUUUACUACCUGAAUUCCCCAAUGCCCAAUAUCUCAUUUUAACAGAAGGAGUUUCUAGAGAAAAGGUGGAAACGUUCAUUAUGAUGUACAAGACUCACUGCCAGUGUAUUCUAGAUACAGCAAUCAACAGCAAUUUUGAAGAGAUUCAAAACUUUCUGCUCCAUUUUUGGCAAGGUCUCCCCGACCACCUCCUGCCGCUUGUUAAAAACCAAGUCAUUGUCGACAUCAUUUGCAUAUGUGAUUCCAUUCUUUAUAAGGUCUUGAUCGAAGUUCUGAUCCCAGCAACGAUGCAAGAAAUGCCAGAGGUAUUGAUGUGCGACAUUCGGAACUUCGCUAAUCACUGGGAAAACUGGUUGUCGUCUGCUCUGGAAAAUCUUCCUGAACAAUUGACCGAACAUAAGCUUCCAGUGGCCCACAGAUUUUCACAGUCUUUGAAACGCCAAACUUCUUUUCUUCAUUUAGCUCAAACGGCCCGACCAGUCUUAUACGAUGUACACAUGGUAAAUCAAAUGAUAGCUGAUGUCGACCGUGUUGAUCUUGGUAGCAUUGGUAGUCAGGCCCUCUAUACAGAUACCGAUUGUGAACAGGACAUGGAAUUGAACGCAGAGUUUCUACAAGAAUUUAAAGAACUGUUGAGGAAACAAGCGACAGUUGAGGCAUUCACAGAGUGGCUUGAUGCCGUGGUGGAGCAUAAAGUUGUUAAGCCAAGCAAGCAAAACGGACGGUCGUUUAAAAAACGUGCUCAAGAAUUCCUUUUAAAAUGGUCUUUCUUUGGAGCUCGGGUCAUGCACAACUUAACUCUAAGUAACGCGCAAAGUUUUGCUUCUGUUCACCUCAUCCGUAUGUUAAUGGAUGAGUAUGUCCUCUUGGCUGUGGAGUCUCAGAUGUACGAGGAAAAAUCCUCCGAGCUUCAACUGAUUCUAGACAAACACAUGAACGCAGAUGACAAAGGUGUCCGGCAGAAUUUCUCGUCCAACGCCCCGGGUACCUGCUUUCUUGCCAACCGAAGCGUCAGCACCCCGAAGCACUUCUCUUCGAUCAAACAGGAACAGCGAUUUUUGGAUAUGACCGAUCAAAUCAAUGACAUCGAUUCUUUUGAGAGCAUGUCCGCUUCCGACAUCAGGGAACCAUAUUCUAUGUCCAACCAUUUGAAUGAUUUAAACGCCAUGACACAAGCUUUAAACGGUGGAGGUCAUGUGGCUACACCGCCAAUGUCUCCAAGAAUCUCACUCAGACCAAGUGUUAUCAAUCCGCCAACCAAUCACAUUCCAUGCACCGGUACCACGCCUCCCUCGAUGCCAGCCGCACCCUCAACAUAUUAUUAUCCCAAUCACCAUGACAACCAGUAUAAUUCUCAUAGCAACACAUAUCUGAACAACUACAACACGGGACCAUAUUGCAGCCCUACGGUCUUCCGGUCAUCUCACCACUAUUCCCCUACUGCAACUUCCUACCCAACCAAACAAACAGAAAAGCUGGACAUACCCUGUAACUACCCUUAUGCAACGGAAUCUUUGUCGCAAACACACCACCAAUACCCGUGCACAGAUAAUUACUAUGGCUCGCCAGGUGUUUCCUCGUACACAGCAAUUCCAGCCAAUCAAAACGGUUACAUCCAGUCGCCAAUGCAUAAUCAGAGUGGAAGUGCAUUCAAUGUUGUUCAGAUAAAUCCAAAUUUUCCUCAGCAAUCGGCAUAUUCCACUUCUGAUUAUUACAGUUCGUCCAACUAUAACCAACACCAGCAAGUAAGUAAGCCGUUGGUUGAACAUGUUCCCGUUAUCCAACAUCGAGGGUCUGUAACGUCACACUAUUCAUCCACAGAACUUAACGACCCACUCAAUAUCUUGGAUAAACCUUUGUACAGAUCUAAAGAAGAUAACUCUCAUCUCUAUGCCAGCGCUUCUCCAGUUACUUGCCACAAUACAAGACACCCAGGUAAGACAACGCUAUAUUAUCCCACCUCUAAAGAAUCUUCUAUUUUGUUCUUGUUUGAUUUGUCUGAAAUCUCAAGAGAACAAUGUUUUAUUGCAUUCCUGACAGAUUAA